AUGAGCUCUCGCCCAGAUAUCGAUGAUGCUGUCGAACAUGCUAACGUGUCAACCGGAAUAGUAAAUGCAACAAAGAAGAAAUGUGAAAGAAUGUUGCUUUCAGUUUCAUUCUGGAAUAAGAUAUCUGUGAUUGCAUGUAUGACUGCAGUCUCAAUAGAUCCUUUGUUUUUCUACAUUGCAUUCAUUGAUCGCAAUAAUAUGUGCCUCGGAGCAGACAAAAGGCUGAGGACCGUAGUCCUCGUUACACGAUCACUCACAGAUUUCACAUUCCUCUUUCAUAUCGUAUAUAACCUUUGUGAUGCUGCGAAAGCAGUGGCCUCUGAGUCCAAGCGCAGGACGGUACAGAAAGACAACUCAAAAGUACUCUUCAACUGGUUUGGACGAGCCAAGGCAAUAGCUAAGAAGUUAUCAUGGAGCUCAUUCCUAAGUGACAUUUUAGCUAUUCUUCCGAUUCCACACGUGCUAAUAUUAGCUCUCUUUUAUGCUCCCAAUUACGGAUUUUCAGAGAACAAAAUGACUUUGAAUUACUUGCUUCUGGCGCAAUAUGCUCCAAGAAUGUAUCGGAUCUUUACUUCAUCUGAGGUAGUUGGAGCCUUUUGGUACUUUAGUACUGUUCAAAUCCAGGCAGUAUGUUGGCACAUGACCCUUGGAGGACAAGUCAGUUUUCAAUGUGAUGACCCUCCUCUAUCUCAAAGCUAUCAUGAAAUUAUUGAUACAAUUUGCCAUAAUUCAACGGGAGAUGAUUCAUUCCCGUAUGGAUCAUUUCUGGAGACGAUUACGGCCGGCUACACAGGACGUACAAGAUUCCGUGAUAAGUUAUUUUACUUUGUGUGGUGGGGACUUAAAAAUCUGAGUAACUUUGGUACAAACAUUGCUACAAGUGAUUUCAUUUGGGAAAAUUGCUUUGCAAUUCUUGUUUCUGGUAUGGGCCUGGUGCUAUUUGCUUUUCUCAUUGGAAAUAUGCAGCUGUGUAUGCAAUCCUCGGAGGAAAAGAAUGUGGCAACUGAUAAGGUGCAAAUGAAAGAGCAAGAACUACAAGAAUGGAUGGACAAAAAUGGUCUCCCUGAGAAAUUGGGCAAAGACGCUGAGAAGUUGAGGAUACAGAUCAUGAAAAAGAUAACAAAAAACUUGAAAGAGGACCAAAAUGCUGAACUACAUAACCUGUUCACGCUUAUUCCCUGGAAUGCCGUAAAAGAUCUCAAACCGUCUGUCUGCAUGAGUAUGCUAAAGAAAGUACCAAGGCUCGAAAUUAUGGAUGAAAGAGGAUUGAGACUGAUCUGCCACUAUCUCAAGCCAGUGACCUACUCUUCGAAAACCAUUGCUUUUAGAAUGGGAGAACCACUUGAUAGCAUGCUCUUUAUUAUGGAAGGUAUUAUGUUGAUCUACCCGACUAGUGCUGCUACUGCUACUACUACUACUACAACUGCUCAUCAAGUUGAAAGAGCAAAUAUACCUUUCCGCUCAACAAUCAGCGGCUCUCUCGAGAACGGUGAUGCAUAUGGAGUUGAACAACUUCUGAGUUGGGCAUCACCACCCGACAUGUCCGAUGUCUCUUAUGCAGACCUUCCUAUCUUGACCGAAAAUGUAAAAUGUCUCUCAGAAGUAGACGGUUUUGUUCUAACUGCUAAGGAUUUGAAAAGUGUAUUCUCCUUGUACAAGAUACAGGGUAAUUACAACAGUUCCAGCCAUCUGGUAGAGGUGGAACGUUCUACCUCAAGAGGAACAUCAUCAAAUCGUCGUUGCCGCAUUAAUCCUACUCCAAGGCCAGGCACAGAGGGCGGGGAUGAGGAAACAGAUAUUCAAUAA